GUCAUAUAAAGAGCCCUGUGUUUUCUUUAGCGCCAGUGUCUGUCAAGUCCUCCGAGAAUGAAGUCCCUGGCUCUGCUUUUCCUGCUGUCUGUGGGUGCAGCCAGCGCUGCUCUCUCACCUCGGGCAGUGUGGGAGCUUCGCAGCAUGAUCAAAUGCGCCAUGCCGGACAGCCAUCCUGUGCUGGAAUUUGCUGACUACGGCUGCUACUGCGGCUUGGGAGGCAGCGGGACUCCAGUGGAUGAGCUUGACAGGUGCUGUCAAGCACAUGAUCACUGCUACUCGGAGGCAAAGAAACUGAAGUCAUGCAAAUUCCUCUGGGAUAACCCCUACACAAAGCUGUACCAUUACAGCUGCACCGAUGGAAAUAUUACGUGUAGCAGCAAGAACAGCGAGUGUGCAAUGUUCGUCUGCAACUGCGACCGCACUGCUGCCAUGUGCUUCGCCAAGGCACCCUACAAUCCCCAGCACAGCCGGCUGGACACCAAGAAAUACUGCAACUAGUCCUCCUCCAUUGCCCCUCAGGGCGGCAAUGGACCAGCGGCGGCCUGUCACUAAUACACGCCUUGCAACGA